CCUCGAUUCUUUCCCGCGCUGUUUUGUAAGUGUGCAGCUGUCACCGAAAGCAGAGAAGCGCGUUGUGGGGUUGUAAUAUUUUUAACGAGAGAGCGAUCCAGUUUUGCUGUCUAAAAGCCCCUUGCCACAAACACGCGCCUGUGUUUUUUUUCUGAAAUGCUCAAAUUAGCUUCGGCCAGUGAAUAUGACCCUGCCUCUCUCCCGGAUUUGUUACCGCUGUACUACAGGCGUCUGUUCCCGUUCUCGCAGUACUACCGCUGGCUUAGCUACGGAGGCGUGGUGAAGAGCUGCUUCCAGAACCGGGAGUUCUCCUUCACCCUGAAGGAUGACAUCUACGUGCGCUACCAGUCCUUCAGCAGCCAGGGGGAGCUGGAGAAGGAGAUUCAGAAGAUCAACCCCUACAAGAUCGACAUCGGCGCCGUCUUCAGCCACAGGCCGAACCAGCACAACACGGUGAAGUCUGGGACCUUCCAGGCGCUGGAGAAGGAGCUGGUGUUCGACAUUGACAUGACGGACUAUGACGAUGUCCGGAGGUGCUGCAGUGCUGCCGACAUCUGCUCCAAGUGCUGGACCCUGAUGACCAUCGCGAUUCAGAUCCUGGACAGAGCUCUGAGAGAGGACUUUGGGUUCAAGCACUGUUUGUGGGUGUACUCGGGCAGGCGAGGGGUGCACUGCUGGGUGUGCGACGAGGCAGCCAGGAAGCUCUCGGCGACGGCCCGCUCGGCAGUGGCUGAGUACCUCAGUCUUGUGAAGGGUGGUGAGGACACAAUAAAAAAAGUGCAACUGCCUGAUCUCAUUCAUCCCUUUGUCAUGGAAUCGCUGAAUGUGAUCUCGCGCUACUUUGUGGACUAUGCUGUGGUCAAACAAGACAUCCUGGGCAGCAAAGAGUCUGUCGACAAAGUGCUGGCCCUUGUGCCAGAAGAUGUGAAGAAGGAGCUGAAGACUGACUUUCACAAUGAAAAGAAUCCCGUCAAGCGCUGGGAUCGCCUGGUGUCUCACGUGGAGCGGCCGCAGGGGAAGAAGGGACAGCACGCGGCCAAGGAGAUCAUGCUGCAGUACUGCUACCCGCGGCUCGACGUCAAUGUCAGCAAGGGGGUUAACCACCUGCUGAAGAGCCCCUUCAGCGUCCACCCCAAAACAGGCCGCAUAUCGGUGCCCAUUGACCCUCGAGAGGUGGACCAGUUUGAUCCCUUUGCCGUCCCCACGAUAAGCCUGAUCUGCCAGGAGCUGGACCGGCCUCGUGCUGGAGAGGAAGAGGAGGAAGAGGCGAAGGACAAAGAGAAUGAGAGUGCGCCAACAGAGAAGAGAAGAGUGCGAGACUACAAAAAGACGAGCCUGGCCAAGUACGUGCGAGUGUUCGAGCAGUUUGUGGAGAAGAUGGAGCGCGCUCGGAGAGGGGAGCUGCUGAAGAAGAGCGAUCUCCAGAGAGACUUCUAAGUGUGUCUCCUGAAGCCAGCAACAGAUGACACUUGCCGACACGCAUAGGAUACGAAAGGAAUGCGGGAUUGUGGGGUGACCCUGAGCCAGACCAAAACAACAAUGUGAAGUACACCGCCCCUUCUGAAAACAUCGCUGCACCACAAGCAUGUUGGUCUGACCUCUGACCCACAUUCUGGUCUUGGUUUGCACACCCAGAACUUGCAGGCUUUUCUCAUUAUUUCUGUUUUUUGGUUCAUCUCCCUGCAAACAUGUCACCAAGCACAGGAUUGUGUAGAGGAAUUGGAGGUUUAGAUUUUGUCCAGACUUGAGUUUGGUUAGAAGAGAAGAACAUUUCAGUUAUAUGUAGUGCUAUACUAGAAACAGGGUCCUGUGCCAUUAUAUCUCCCACUGACAUCCUUCCCCAUGACGAUUUCAAAUGCAGUUCUGGCUAUCAUGUUGAACUGGACCAGAUAAACAUUUUAUCCUGGAGGGUGUGGAGGCUGAAAAGAUCAUAAAUAAAAUGUAAACUGUCUAAAAUGUA